AAAAUGACUUUUGAUGGCUGAAUUGCGGAAAAAUCUUAUUUUGUAAAUAAACUUAGUAGGAUUCUAGUUAUAAAUAUUCGUAUUGAUUGGUCAGGUUUAUCAUAAUGAAAAUUACAGCACUAUUACACAAACAUGUCUUGAUCGGAGGAGGUAGUGGUUUUAUUGGUCGAAAUCUUUCUAAGCUGUUGAAGUCUAAGAAUUAUGAAGUUACCGUAGUGUCACGUAUGCCCGGUACAAACAGAAUAACUUGGCUCGAUAUACAAAGUAAAGGGAUACCAGAAAAAAUAACAAGUGUAGUGAAUCUAGCAGGUCAGAAUGUUCUAGACCCUAAACGUAGGUGGACUCCUGGUUUUAAACAAAAUGUAUGGAACUCUCGAGUUAAUUCAACAAGAAUAUUAGCAGAAGAAAUAAUAAAAAGUAAACGAAACUUGGAUGCUUUCAUAAAUAUAUCUGGAGUUAGCUUAUAUAAACCAAGUUCAUCCAAAACUUAUAACGAAAACCAUCUUGGCGAAAGUUUUGACUUUAUGUCAAAGCUGUGUAUUGAGUGGGAAAAGGCUGCCACUAUACCGGAAAAUGAAAAUUGUCGAUCGAUUAAAUUAAGAACCGGGGUUGUAUUAGGUCCCGGUGGAGGAAUGAUUGAAUCUAUAUGGAUGCCUUUUGUUUUUGGGCUUGGUGGUCCAAUGGGAAAUGGCGACCAAUAUUUGCCGUGGAUUCACAUGGAUGAUUUAUGUAAUUUAAUAUUGUAUUGCAUAGAAAACAAAAAUGUUAAAGGAAUACUAAACGGUGUGGCCCCACAAAUUGUUACAAAUGGCGAAUUUUCCAAAAUAUUUGCGUCAUGUUUGAAACGUCCAGCUCUGAUACCAUUUCCUGAGUUUGCUGUUAAAUUAAUAUUUGGUAAAGAUCGCUCAGCUCUUUUAUUAACUGGUGCAAAAAUUGAACCAAAAUUAACUAUCGAGUCUGGAUUUAAAUAUGGUUUUCCUAUUGUAAAAGGAGCUUGUGAAGAUAUUAUUAAAAAAGUAAGAGGUAAAUAAAGAACAAAUCCAUGUAUUAGAUAAUUUUUCAGAUUUCUAUGUUAUUUGUAAGAAAAUAUGUAAAAAAUUUUGUAUAUUUAAUUAUUUAUAAAAAUCGCAAUUAAUGAA